CGGUUGGAUAGCAUAUGGCUGUAUUUAGUUGGAUUUUACACAACUUUUUGUCGAGAUUGUGUCGUCAUGCAGUGUAAUAAACCCUGUCAGUAGUUCUAAUUGUUGUGAAUAGCUAGUUUGUACAGUUCUAGCAGUUUAUGAAGAAUAUUACAGGAAAUUUGAAAGGUGUUUACGGUUUUGACCAAUACGGAUUCGUGUUUUGGCCAUGUACAAUCACUUUUGGUGUAUUUGAUGUCUCAGACGCGCAGUUUUACAAUAUCGUUGGAUUAAUCAUUGCCUUAUGGAUCAGCAGAUUUCGUUUUUUUAGUUAUACGAUUCUUUUACUUGAAAUAAUAAACUUCUUCGCAUCUAAGAAACACUUGUUCAACAACAGUAACUGACAUACUGUACUGAUGAAGUCUCAAAAAUGGUGGCACAGACCUCGGCCGGCAGGUUUUCUCAACUUUGGCCACCAAGCGGGCAGCGGUACAGAAUAUGUUGACGAAUAUGUUCGACAUAGAGUCCCUCCUACAGAAUCGUUUAAACCAGCUGAAGAAAUGCGAAAAUCGGACGCAAAGGUGUCAGACGAGACAACUUUUAGACUUGAUUACAUUCCACACCAACUUUCAAAGCAUGAGCCACACCCAAAAGAAGUGUACAACCCACCAGGCACGCCUAUGGAGGGUGUAAGCAUGUACAGACAAGACUACCCGGGUCAUAACACAGGUCCUGCUCAGCUAGCGAAACGGUCGGAGGCAAGAAGUGUGCCUCUGGUAAAAUUCGAAGCUCAUCCUACUUAUGCUAGCGACUUUAAACGUUGGACAAUACCUCCGCGUGUGAAGUUGGGUCCCGACAACGAUUACAAAAAGCCGGUUGUAAAAAUGGAGAAUACUUCCACUUUUCAACAGGACUACAUUCACCGCUUCGCGCCACCACGAGAAUCAGCGAGGCCGCCAGAUAAAGCAUUCCAGUCCGACGUCCCGCUGGAAAGCCAUACAGUUCACCGGGUGAGCUUCAUACCGCAUCAGAUACAACCAAGGUUGCAGCGGGAAAAAGAGAAGUACUGCGCGCCUACCGUUCCCAUGAACUCCGAGACCACGUUCAAGCAAGAUUUCACCGGACCAAGAGCCCUCCCGGCAGAGAGCAUGAGGCCAUCGCAAGCACCUUUCGUUUCAACAGAUCCAUUGGCGUCUUCGUCUGAAUUCAGAGACAGUUUUGUCGCCUGGCCCGUCGUGCGUCCCUAUCGUAAAGAGCCUUUGAAGUAUCAGGGCCCACAAGGCGAUAUGGAGCUUCUCUCCACACAAAGAUUGGAUUUCAGGUCUCUGAAUGGCCGUCCCGCAUCUGCAAAGCGCCCGGCCGUAAGAAGAGGUAAAGUCAUGCCCUUCGAAGGAGUCACAAACUACAGCAGUGACUUUAAGAAGUGGAACGUCCCAAGAACGCUUGGUAAACCUCGUCCAGAGGCCAUCCAGCAAACUGGGAGAUUUGAAGGGCUAUCCACCGCCCGUCAGCACUUCAUCACACACAGCGGUGCUCUACCUGCCAGAUCAUGCAAACCAGACAACCGAGCUUUCCUCAGUGAUUCUGCCCUCGAAGAUAAAACGAUUUACAAAGUGAGUUACGUCCCGAAAUCCAUGCGCGAAGUCGAGCGCUACCCAACACCGGAUUGGCUGAAACAACAAGAAGAUAUUUGGAGGAAGACUGGCAUGAUGACACAAAAGACCAGAGGGAUGACCCCCGAAGCUACCGCUGCGUAUAUUCGAGCUGCAGCAUAAUAAUACUUCUUUUCCACUUUUUCUCAAAAAGAAUUUUUGAGAUAUUUACAAUCUUUAUUUACGCUAUAGGUUUAGACGUGCGCAGGAUUGUUUAUAGUUAGGCAAGUUUGUUUUCGAAAAUCGCUCAUCCCAUUCUGGGUCGUCAAGCAAAAUGCAGUACAGCCUCAAAUGAGUGGCGUUUCACAACACUGUUACUGACCAACGUUAUAAUGUGAUGGGCUUAAUAAUCGUCGCUUGGGUUGACCUGCAUUGCUUACCAAUCGGGUAAUUUGGCUGCUUGUUUGGGUAAUCUUAGAAGGCUCCUAUUGUUUAUGUACUCUGCCCGUUUUGUAUAAAAAAAUAUUUUCAUGGGCCGACUGCUGUGGCAACUGCCGUGUUGUUAGCCUUUUAAUGCUGACAACGCUAUGUAGAUUUUUUAUUAUGCAAAUCACCGAUGAAUAUGCGGUGAUUUACCUUUUGUAGCGAUAUAUAUCUAUAUAGGUUUUUAAAAUUAUUUGUUACAAUUUAAUUCUGUAUAAUAACUCAAUAAAUUUAUGUUGGAAA